UCUAUAACAACCUCUCUUCUCUUUUCAUUUCUCCUUCUACAAACAGCUCUUUAUUAUUUCUCUCUCAAAAAUAUAAUCAUUUAUAAAACUAUAGGUUAAAAAUUUUAUACCAAAGUUUUAUAUAUAUAUAUAUUUUUUUUGUUGAAAAACAUGGGAAGACAACCUUGUUGUGACAAAAAUGGUGUGAAAAAAGGUCCAUGGUCAAGUGAAGAAGACAAGAAACUCAUUAAUUUCAUCCUUAACAAUGGCCAAUGUUGUUGGAGAUCUCUCCCAAAACUUGCAGGUUUAUUGAGAUGUGGAAAGAGUUGUAGAUUGAGAUGGACAAAUUAUCUAAGACCAGAUGUAAAAAGGGGACUUUUAUCAGAAUAUGAAGAAAAAAUGGUUAUUGAUCUUCAUGCUCAACUUGGCAAUAGAUGGUCUAAGAUCGCGUCUCAUCUGCCGGGAAGAACUGAUAAUGAAAUCAAGAAUCACUGGAAUACACAUAUUAAGAAGAAGCUCAAGAAAAUGGGGAUUGAUCCAAUCACUCACAAGCCAAUUACUAGUGACCAACCAACAUAUGAUCAACCAAUCAUUCAACAAGAAAAACAAAUAUUAAUUACGCCUCCGUCUCAAACAGAUUUGAAUCGUCAAGGGAACGAGAACACUGGGAUAUGUCCAAAAAAUAUCAAGACGACAACAAUAGCAACAACAACAACAGUAGCUAUGCCUUCGUCUGAGACAAAUUUGGAUCGUCAAGAAAAUAAGAACGUUGGAACAUGUCCAAGACAUAUCAAGACGACGACAACAACAACAACAGUAGUUAUGCCUCAGUCUGAGACAAAUUGGGAUCGUCAAAAAGUCCCUUUAAUUCCACCAACUGAAAUUUUAAUCCCUUAUGAAUCAACAACUUCAUCAACAUCUUCAUUUUCCUCACAAUCAUCCAAUAUGAUCCUUGAAGACUUGAAAUUUUUGCCAAAUUUUGAUAAUUGGCAAAGUGAUUUCAACAUGGAAAUUAAUUGGACAAAUGAUGAUUUUAGUAGCACUUUGGAUUAUUUACUCAAUGAUGAUGAUAUUAGUGACAUGAACAACACCACCAUUUCCCAAGAUUGGUCACAAGUGUUGGAAGUUUGAGCAACUAGAUGUCCAGUCAAUUGCUGCGCCUCAACGCAUUUUGGGGAGACACUGCUGAAAAAAUGUGAAUUUUUAUGAACAUUUCGUUGGAACUAUGAUAUUUUUUACGAAAGUUUGUCGACAGUUAAAAUUCACGUAUUUUUAGUAGUGAUAUCUGUUGUGAUUAAUUUUUCAAAGGGGAGCAAAAUUAAGCUCUUUCUUUUCAUUUGGCUAUAGAAAGUUUAGAUGUUAGAGUUGGUUACGAUAUAAUUUAUGGACUAUAAAAAUAAAAGGAGAAAUAUGUUUAUGGGGGGGACAAAUUACAUAAAAA